AUCGCAUGACUCCGCCAGGCGAGAAAGCGGCGCCACCGGCGCCGUCAGCGCCCGCGACACCGACAUCAGUGCCCGAGUACGACGAGUACAAGGGCAAGGAGGCGGGGAUACCGGACGCAGAAGGUCUCGCAUCAUCAAGCGACCCGGACGACGUGCCGCUCGACCGUGAACCCGAAGACCACCGUGACUACCCCGACGGCGGGUAUGGCUGGGUCAUUGUGCUGUGUGGUUUUCUGCUCAACUUCUCAACAUGGGGCGUCAACACGGCGUUCGGCAUCUACCUCGCGUACGACUUGGAGAAUAACCAGUUCUCGGGGGCGCGCGACAUCGACUUCGCGUUCAUCGGCUCGCUCUCGCUCUCGCUCGCACUGGCCGUGGCGCCCUUUUCAAACUUCCUCGCGCGCACGUACCACUGGCGCUACCCAUUGUUGGCGGGAAGCGUGUGCGUCACGGCCGGCCAGAUCCUCGCCGGCUUCUGCACGGCCAUCUGGCAGCUGUACCUCACGCAGGGGGUGCUCUUCGCCAUCGGGCUGGGCAUGACGAUGGUCGUCUCGGGCCCUAUCGUGACGCAGUGGUUCGGGAUGAAGCGCGCAUUUGCGGUUGGCAUUGUGUCGGCCGGGAGCGGCGGCGGCGCGCUCUUCUUCUCGAACAUCACGCGCCUCACUCUCGCGCACCUCGACCGUCGCUGGGCGUGUGUGAUCAACGGCUGUGUCUCUGCGGCGGGGCUCAUCCCCGCCGUGCUGUUCUUCAGGACGCGCUCGACCAAACUCAAGGUGCGCUUUGAGCCGUUCCAGCUGUCGUUCUUCAAGAACCCCGGCUUCAUCUGCAUGUGCUUCUGGGGCGGGUUCAUCCUCUUCGCCUACGCGAUCGGCAUCUACACGAUCCCGCUGUACGCCGUCCAGGGACUGGGGAUGACGCAGAAGGACGGCUCGACGCUCCAGUCGCUCCUUGCUGUGGGGCAAAUCGUGGGGCGGCCGCUCUCAGGCUACUUCCUUGACAAGAUUGGGCGGUUCAACGGCGCGAUCGUCACGACAUUGAUUGCGUCCAUCUCGUGUCUUGCCGUGUGGCUCGUCGCGCAGAACUUCUCUGUCCUCGCCUUCGCCGCAUUCCUGCAGGGCGCGAGCUCGGGCGUCUUCUGGUCGACAUGUCAGGCCUUGCUCACGGACCUUGUGGGCAUCCGUGACAUGGCAAGUGCGCUCUCGAUGCUGUGGUUCAGCAUCGUCGCGCCGGGUAUUGUUUCGCAGCCGAUCGCGAUCUGGCUGACAAAUUACUCGCGCGACACGCUCGGCCGUACAGGCACCUCGGCGUUCCAAUACGGAAUCGUGUUCGCCGGCCUGGCGUUCUUUGCCUCAGCCGUGUCCCUGUAUGGCACCAAGCGAUACAUACAGGGCAACUGGAAGCUGUGGCGGAGGUGCUAG